GGAGUCAAUCUGUUGAAUUGUGGCUGGGUUGGGCGGGGGCUUGAGAGGCGCGACGACGUCACACAAAAAGCGCCUGUUCAAAAAUGUGACAAAAAUAGUACUUGAGCCUCGACUAUUAUUUUGAUUGUUAGAAUUGAAAUGUUUGUAUUUUUGUGCAUAUGUGUAAGGACACGCGUGGGAGAAUACACCUUUUGACAAUUCAUUGGAAUGAAUGUCUAAUUUACACUUUUAAGUACCUUUUUUGCUUGAGUGUCUGGUGGCAGCCACUGGAGCGGUGCAUGCUGAAGGAGACGUGAAGCCGCCACCACUCCGCCGAACCUUCUCUCCUCCCUGCAUCCUCACACAAGAACCCACAUUCCCGUCGUGUCCUUUGCAUCCUCCAUCAUGACGAUCGCUGCAAGGCACUGAGAGCAGACAGAAGAUGCUGAUGUCCGACUCGCUCUACCACUUCCUCCUGGCUGGAGCAUGUCUGUCUGUGUGUGGAGGUCCAGUCCUACAGCACCCAUCGGCAUCCAGGUCAAGAGAUGGCAGUCAUGUGGACGUGAGCUCACGUGGACUAACAUGGAGACCUUUAGGGGUCUCCGUCCAUAGCGACAACAAUUUCCAUGGGGAAUCCGGGCUGAGCACAUUUGAGACAAGAAGGAGGAUGCAGGAAGCUGCACGUCGAAGAAGCACAAAGAAGAGCCACCGUGAAGCUUUGCUGAUUUCUCCCAGAACAAGGACCCCAAGAGACAUGGAGUACAUCAGCACACAUGACGAAGAUGUAGAGACAAACUGGACAUCUUCCACCGAGCAUUCAAAUUCAUCAUUUGGGAUCAAAAGUCCUGCCUCCUCCAGGGCCAUUCCUUCACCUGCCUCCCCUCAGACCUUCAUGACCUUACCAUUGUUGGCUAAUGAAGGUCCACUAAUGCCCACACCACCAGAACCACUCUUACCUGACAUUGAAUCCAACAUGAUGCCCAAAGACGACAGCACGGAGAGCCUCUGGACUGAGGCCGCCAGAUCUGGUGGAGACACUGUUGCGCCGCCAUCUCAGGAGGACGCCACAGAGGGCACCAUGUCGUCUGAGGCCCUCCCUCUAAUUUUUGAGCCUCUGGAGGAAUCUGCGACAGACGGCGCCCAACAAGCCCCGCCCGACAACUCCCUGUUUCCCACUGCCACCAUGAUGACCCGAGGCGCGCCCCUGUCGGAAGCAGACCAGGAGCUGAUGGUCACCACGCAGACAAUCAAGGGAACCAUCCAGUCAGAGGACCCAGAUGAGGAGAAUUCAGAGGAAUCCAUGGAGGAAGAGGAAAGCGAAGAAGACCUGAUGGAGACGACCAAAACAUCCCUGACGCAGCCUCCAUACAGCCUCAUCCCUCUACCGCCCGUUUGGGUCCAACGCAACCAAGGCCUGAUGCGCAGCUGGGUGGCGCUAAUCAGAGAAAAGGCAGGUUACGUGUCGGGUAUGUUGGCUCCGGUGGGCAUCGGCAUCGCGGGGGCCCUGCUCAUUGUGGGCGCCCUCUACAGUGUCAGGAGGCUUCAGCGCAAAAGGAGGAACAGCUUCAAACACCAGCGGAGGAAGGGCAGACAAGCAGAGCAACCUCUGGAGGUCGGCACAAGCCGCCAGGAUCAGGCCAUGCUGUUGGCAGAAAGCUCCGAGGAUGAAUUCUGAUCAAAGAUGACGCAGGUGUUGGAAGUCAACAUCGUCAUGACAACCGCAUACGUCACUCUUGAGUUGUUCCCCUGUGACUCAUCACAAACAGUGUUCAGAGUGUCAGUGAAGGAGAGUGUACCCCCUCGCUUUGGAGUUUUACUCUUUGACCUGGGGGGGAAAGAAUCAUUUAGCAGGGUGUAACCAGCGCAUAGAUUCGAUGCAAGAAAGGGCUGAUUAAGUAAAAAUAGAUAUAAAAUAGAUAUAUAUAUUAAAUGUGUCAUAUUAGUGUAAAGUUUACUUUAUGUUUCACGUGAAUUGUAUUUCAUAAGCAAAAUAGGUUGUUUGUUACUUAUGAGGCUAAAGCUAGUUAGCUGAGCGAAACCUCCUUGGUUAGACCUGCUCAGUGGCCUUGUGGUUAGAGUGUCCGUCCCGAGGCUGGAAGGUCGUAAGUUCAAACCCCGGCUAAGUCAUACCAAAGACAAUAAAAAUGGGACCUAUUACCUCCCUGCUCGGCACUAAGCAUCAAGGGUUGGAAUUGGGGGUUAAAUCCCCAAAAUGAUUCCAGAGCGCGGCCACCGCUGCUGCUCACUGCUCCCAUCACCUUCCAGGGGGUGGAACAAGGGGAUGGGUCAAAUGCAGAGGAUAAUUUCAUCACACCUAGUGUGUGUGACUAAAAAUCCCACACCACAUUCGCCAACUUCUUUUAGGACAUAAGCUUAUCAAUUAGCUCAUGUUUUGAUUGUUAAUUAAGUUUGUACUUACCUUAUAAAAAGAACCAGGCCAUUGGGUGCCAAAUGUAGAAGUUCAGUCAGUGUGACAUUUCUCAGAUUUAACUCACUUUUCUCAGAUUUAGCACAUUUUCAUCACAUUUAAGUAUAAAUUAAAUGUUGACUCUAAAUAUAUCUAAAUGGCAAAUGAAAACCUCACUAUGAUCAUGUUUUUACCAUUUAGCUCACAAUUAAGACAUUAUUUAGAGCCGAUCCAAAGCGAGCCAGUCAACUAGCUGCUGCAUCAAACUUACAGUAUAUGACAGUGAUCCUGUCGUUUACAGCAGGGGUGUCCAAACUUUUUCCACUGAGGGCCGCACACGGAAAAAUUAAAGCAUGCGGGGGCCAUUUUGAUGUUUUACAUUUUCAAACCAUAACAAAAUAUAUGGAUUUUGUUUGUUUUUUACCUUUAGGGCUCCCGGGGACCAUAAAGGGUCUAAGUCAUUAAAAUGUUAAAAACAAGUCAAAUUAUUAUUUUUUUAUUUAUAUAACGCUUACAGUAAAUCUGUACAGUAUAUCAACUUCAGGUUGAUAUAAAGUUUAAAAAACCAAAAAGGUUGUAUGCCUUUUCUGUCAAAGACAACUUAGUUUUUUAUAAUAAAACUGAAAUAUAUUAUAUUAAUAUUUCCUCCUCUGCCCAAAACAUUCAGAAAGCAAUGUUUGAUGUGAAGUAAUUAGAGCCUUAAAAAGAUCAAUAAUGCAGGACACCAUUGAUUUUAAUUCAUUAUUAUUUUUGAGUAAUCACAGUGAAAAGAUAAAUAAAAUCCCAUUAAAUAUAUUUGGGAUCCAAAAGGUGCUCCACUCAGAAAGUGAUACAUUUUUAUUAGUUUUUUUUUAACUUUCAACACUUAAGUUACGAGCUCAACUUCAGAUAUACAGUAUAUGUCGAUUUUACGCUUCAACUAUUAUUUUGUUUGUUUUAUGCUCUUUUGUCAAAUAAAAUGUUGAUGUUUUUGUAUGGCAACCACACAAUAUAUGCAAUAUUUUCCACAUAAAACAAUUUAAAGUGAAAUAUUUGAAAUAAUUGGAGCCUUGACUAGGUCAAUAAUUCAUUAUAACAUUGAUUUUUUUUUUUUUUUGGAGCAAUGGCAAAAAAAGAAAAAAGAAAGAUAGACAAAAGAAAAAAAAAACCUGCAUGGUAGCUUUGUGUCAACAUUGCAACUUUUUCUAGUUAGAAUUCACCUCAUUCCACUUUUUAAAAUGUUUUUUAAAUUUUUGCAAUAGCAUUUCCAGAAUGAGUGGCGGGCCGGUAAACAAUUAGCUACGGGCCGUACUUUGGACACCCCUGGUUUACAUCAAUGUCAUGUUCAUAUGUGACACAAUCAUGAAGUAAGAGCGCAGUGAAAUGAUGUAAAACACAUACAAAUAGAAAUAGCUGGAUUAUUGCACACCGCAUGCCUCGGUGCAAGAAUCAAUUCCAUUCAUUGUCAAACGUGGAAGUGCAGCGUCGACAUGUUUGAGUGUCUGAUUGUCUUUAUGCAACACACCUUGCACACUCACACAUUUGGAGCUAACAUUAAAAAAAAAAAAAAUGCAACUUUUUUGUCAUUAAGCAUAAGUCAUGUGUCCUUCUUCUGCAGUAAGAAAGGUGGUAUCCUAUAAAUAUUAAUCUUUACACUUGGUGAGAGAUUUAGCGCUCACAUUAAGAUGUAGAUCUAAGAUUUAGGUUUAGAUUUAACAUAUGGGUUUAGAUUUAACAGAUGUAUAUUUAACAUAAUUUAUAUUUAAGAUUUAGGUUUUGGUUUAACAUUUAGAUAUAAAAUUUAGAGUCAACAUUUAAUUUAAACUUAAAUGUGAUGAAAAUUAGCUAAAUCUGAGAAAUACACUAUAUUGCCAAAAGUAUUUGGCCACCCAUCCAAAUGAUCAGAAUCAGGUGUCCCAAUCACUUGGCACGGCCACACGUGUAUAAAAUCAAGCACUUAGGCAUUGAGACUGUUUCUACAAACAUUUGUGAAAGAAUGGGCCGCUCUCAGGAGCUCAGUGAUUUCCAGCGUGGAACUGUCAUAGGAUGCCACGUGUGCAACAACUCCAGUCGUGAAAUUUCCUCGCUCCUAAAUAUUCCAAAGUCAACUGUCGGCUUUUUUAUAAGAAAAUGGAAGAGUUUGGGAACAACAGUAACUCGGCCACCAAGUGGUAGGCUACGUAAACUGACAGGGAAGGGUCAGCGGAUGCUGAAGCGCAUAGUGCAAAGAGGUCACCGACUUUCUGCGCAGUCAGUUGCUACAGAGCUCCAAACUUCAUGUGACCUUCCAAUUAGCCCACGUACAGUACACAGGGAGCUUCAUGGAAUGAGUUUCCAUGGCCGAGCAGCUGCAUCUAAGCCAUACAUCACCAAGUCCAAUGCAAAGCGUGGGGUGCAGUGGUGUAAAGCACAUCGCCACUGGACUCUGGAGCAGUGGAGAUGCCUUCUCUGGAGUGAUGAAUCACGCUUUUCCAUCUGGCAAUUUGAUGGACGAGUCUGGGUUUGGCGGUUGCCAGGAGAACGCUACAAUUCAGACUGCGUUGUGCUGAGUAUGAAAUUUGGUGGAAGAGGAAUUAUGGUGUGGGGUUGUUUUUCAGGAGUUGGGCUUGGCCCCUUAGUUCCAGUGAAAGGAACUUUGAAUGCUCCAGGAUACCAAAACAUUGUGGACAAUUCCAUGCUCCCAACCUUGUGGGAACAGUUUGGAGCGGGCCCCUUUCUCUUCCAACAUGACUGUGCACCAGUGCACAAAGCAAGGUCCAUAAAGACAUGG